UCGCGUACGUGACGCUUGGACAAGUCGGCGGCGCUGGCUUCCUCCUGCCAAAUCUCACCGGUUCGUGUAGCUGGCUGUCCCCCAUCAUGUUCAGAGCCGCCGUCCGACUCUCGGUCUCCGGUGUCCGGAGUUUAACCCGUACGCAACCCGGAUGCCAAGCCCCUCUGGCCUCAAGGUGUUACUCACAUGGGAAGCAGGAGACAGAUGAGGAGUUUGAUGCUCGCUGGGUCACCUAUUUCAACAAGCCAGACAUUGAUGCAUGGGAGCUGAGAAAAGGGAUGAACACAUUGAUUGGUUACGAUCUGGUACCUGAGCCAAAGAUUCUUGAGGCAGCACUGAGAGCCUGUCGGAGGUUAAACGACUUGGCGAGCGCAAUCAGAAUUCUGGAAGCUGUGAAGGACAAAGCCGGCCCACAUAAAGAGAUCUACCCGUACCUGAUCCAAGAGCUGAAGCCAACAUUACAGGAGCUUGGCAUCUCUACACCUGAAGAGCUUGGCAUUGACAAAGUGUAGAUGGGAAGAUCUAAAGAUGGUGGAACGCAGUACCCUUGUACUUAAAUGUUUGCUUCAUACGUGUGAUAUUUAAUUUGGCCUUUAUUAAGUUCUAUUGCUUGUAAAAUAUUGAUGAACCUAAUAAAGGAAACUAUCUUUAUUGAGUGUCACAAGUAUGUUUUGGGAAAUUUUAAAUUUGUUUGAGUACUUAUUGAAGCAGUACAUUCAUUUUAAUUUGCUUUAAAGGAGAGCAGGGCGUCGCUUUGUUCGUGUUGUCUGUGUGUGUCUGAACUUUCUUGUGAGAGUCACAUUUUGCCACAAGGGAGCAGCGAUUUCACAUGUAUGGAAAAAAUCAAUCUACUGUAUUCAAGCUAUAUCACAUCUGUUUUCAUUUCAGGGAAAAUGUAUAUGCUGGUAAAAUAAACUUGUUCAAAUGGCAAA